GCUCUCCGGCAGCUACACUUACUGCACUUGACCAGUUUGCGAAGGGUACGACACAGGUUAUGCACCGGCUUGCUCUUUUAGAUGGUGAGAACGCCGCGCUUCGAAAGGCAAAUGAGACACUUAGCCGGCGGCGUUAUACGAAAAAAAAAACGUUUACAGUAUGGAGGAUCACUUCGUAUACAAGCUGGAGAAGAUUUACAGUCUCAGAAGUUAGUUAACGGAGAGUUAGAUAAUAAAUCGCGCUGGAGUCGUAGUCGUACGAGGAGGCCAGAGAUACUUCAGCAACGCUGUAGGACGUGCGGAGAGCCCGGUCAUAAUAUGCGUACUUGUCAGAAUAGUAAAGAGAUAUCUGAAGAAGAUAGUUCAGAGUAGUUUUAAUUAUUUUUUUACGUUAUAGUUGAAUUAACUUAUAUCUUAUUGUACGAGGUCUUAAGAAGUGUUCAAUUGGACCG